CUCGCUCGUGGAGAGCCGCGGGAUCCUUCGAGGGCUCGCGACGCGGUGCACAUGCCCGCGCCCGCCUCCCGCGUCGGCGAGAAGAAAGGGAGUCCGGACGCGCAGAGGCUGACCCGGAGCCUACCCAUGAGGCAGCGCGCUGACUCCACGAGAGCCCCCCCCUGCCCACGGUUCGGCCGCCUGCUCCGCAAUGGGAGCCGCCGCCGUCGCCGCCGUGUAGUUUUUCGUGCUCCUCCUUUUCCUCCUCCUCUUUCUCCUCCUCCUCAGGGCCCCAGUCAGGCCGAUCCGCUCCGCUCACGUAAAGAAAACUGAGGUAUAACUUGCUGCCUUGUAUGGAGUCACAUGAUAAUUCAAAAAUGGCAGAGCUCUUCAUGGAAUGUGAAGAAGAAGAGUUGGAACCAUGGCAGAAGAAAGUAAAAGAGGUUGAUGAUGAUGAUGAUGAUGAGCCGAUCUUUGUUGGAGAGAUAUCAAGUUCAAAACCAGCAAUUUCAAAUAUUUUGAAUAGAGUAAACCCCAGCUCAUAUUCGAGGGGAAUAAAGAAUGGUGCACUCUGCCGAGGUAUUACUCCUGCAUUCAAGCCUACAAGUCAACAUUACACGAACCCAGCAUCAAAUCCAGUGGCUGCCUCGCCAGUAAAUUUUCAUCCUGAAUCUAGAUCUUCAGAUAGUUCUGUUAUUGUUCAGCCUUUGUCUAAACCUGGUUAUGUAACAAACUCAUCACGAGUUGUUUCUAAUAAUUCUUCAGAGUUACUGUUUGACUUGACCCAAGAUUCAGGAUUACCACAUUACCAAGGAGGACCAGCACUUUCUAUAACAGGUAUGAAUGAAAGUUCAUUUUUAUCAAAACGUCCUUCUACUUCUGAAGUAAACAGUGUUAACCCAAAAAAGUCUAAACCCAGUGAAGGUGUUUCUGGAACAAAUUCCUCAGCUGUAUUUUCUUCAGUUAAAUCUCUUUCAGUGACAUCUCCCCAGGCUAUGCCAUCAAAAGGUACAAAUACUUCAUCAAAUCAGUCUAAAAAUGGAACACCUUUUCCAAGAGCCUGUCCAAAGUGCAAUAUUCAUUUCAAUCUUUUGGAUCCUUUGAAAAAUCACAUGAAGUACUGUUGUCCAGACAUGAUAAAUAACGUUUUGGGGCUGGCUAAAACAGAAAUUUCAAGUACAGCAAAUAAAAAUAAAACUGUUGAUUCAGAAAAAGGAAAACUGAUUAUGUUAGUUAAUGACUUUUAUUAUGGGAAACAUGAAGGAGAUGUCCAGGAAGAACAGAAGACUUACACAACCUUUAAAUGUUUCAGUUGCUUGAAAAUUCUUAAAAAUAAUAUUAGGUUUAUGAACCACAUGAAACAUCAUUUGGAACUUGAGAAGCAGAGCAGUGAAAGCUGGGAAAACCACACCACCUGCCAGCACUGCUACCGUCAGUUUCCCACACCAUUUCAGCUGCAGUGUCACAUUGAAAGUACACACACACCCCAUGAAUUUUCUACCAUUUGCAAAAUAUGUGAAUUGUCAUUUGAAACAGAGCAUAUCCUUUUACAACAUAUGAAGGACAAUCAUAAACCUGGUGAAAUGCCAUAUAUUUGCCAGGUUUGCAAUUAUAGAUCAUCAUCAUUUUCUGAUGUAGAAACUCAUUUUAGAACAUCUCAUGAAAACACCAAGAACUUGCUAUGUCCAUUUUGUCUCAAAGUUAUUAAAAUUGCAACACCCUAUAUGCAUCAUUAUAUGAAGCAUCAGAAAAAGGGAAUACAUCGUUGUACAAAAUGCAGACUGCAAUUUUUAACAUGCAAAGAGAAAAUGGAUCACAAGACUCAGCAUCAUCGGACGUUUAUAAAACCUAAACAACUAGAAGGAUUGCCUCCUGGAACAAAAGUUACUAUUCGAGCUUCGGUUGGACCUCUUCAAUCAGGAUCUUCAACCACACCUUCCAUUAGUGCAAGCACUUCUACCCUGCAGCUCUCACCUCCAAGGACUAAAAAUAUAACUGCUAAAAGUCCCACAAAAUCCAACACAGCUAAACCUAAUAUAACUAAAUCCAUUGCAAGUAAACCUAAUGCAAGUAAGCCUAAUGGAAAUAAACCUAAAUACAAAUCAAAAAUAUCUAAUCUGCAAAAGAAACAAAGCACAUUGGCUAGUAGCAAUAAAAAAAGUAAAGUCAAUACAGCAUUGAGGAAUUUAAGGUAUCGUCGGGGAGUUCACAAGUGCAUUGAGUGUUAUUCUGAAAUAAAAGAUUUUGCAAACCACUUUCCUACAUAUGUCCACUGUAGUUUUUGCAGAUACAACACUAGCUGUAGCAAAUCCUAUGUGAAUCAUAUGAUGAGCUUUCAUAGUAAUCGUCCAAGUAAAAGGUUUUGUAUCUUUAAGAAGUAUUCAGAAGAUCUCAGGGGCAUUACUCUAGUGUGCCUUAAUUGUGAUUUCCUAACUGAUGUUUCUGGCUUAGAUAAUAUGGCUACACACUUAAGUCAACAUGAAACUCAUACUUGUCAAGUUGUAAUAGAGAAAGUUUCUGUUUGUAUCCCAACUUCUGAACAUCUUUCUGAAUUAAAAAAUGAAGCUCCCACAAAGGAUCAAGUAUCUGUGUCUGAGGAAAUUACAAGAUCUAAUUUGGCUGAAGGAGAAACAGAAACAUCAAAUUCUGAAAGUAAACAAGAUGAAGCUUCUUCAGAGGAAAUAAAAAAUGGAUGUGAUGUGCAUUUAUUUGAAGGCUCAUCAACAACAAAAAGUGAAGAAGACGUGUCCGUUUCAGAUAAAGAAAAUGAUAACUGUCUUGAAGAUCAGGAAACUGGCUCAAAGAAUAUCUUCGGUUAUGAUUCAGCUAUUGAUGCAGAUAAAGUGGAAAAGGAAAAACAAGUAGAGAACUUAUGUCAGGAAACAGAGUUGAAGAUGUGCCAAAGUUCAGAAAACUUCAUUGCAUGUGAUCAGAUUGAGGAUCGCAAUGCUGGUGGAGCUAGAUUUUCUUCCAAGAAUAUCAAAGAUUUGAGGUUAACAUCUGGUGAUGUUAGUAUUGACCAGUUUUUGAGAAAAAGAGAUGAACAUGAAUCUGUUAGUUCUGAUGUUAGUGAGCAAGGCAGUAUUCAUUUGGAACCUUUGACUCCAUCAGAAGUGCUUGAGUUUGAAGCCACAGAGAUUCUUCAGAAGGGUAGUGGUGAUCCUUCAGCCAAGACUGAUGCUGUAGUGUCUGAUCAAACAGAUAACAUUCUUGGAGAAAAUAGCCUUAGCACAACAGAGACAACAGGAGACCUGGUAGAUGAAAAAGAAAGAAGUUGAAAUUAACUAGGCAUUCUAAGUUUUAGUGUACCAACAGUAAGACCAUUUGGAACAGUGCUAUCAGGUGAGCUCAGUGCUGUUGUUGCAGAGUGCAGACAUAGAAAAAUAUAAGGGAGGUCAUUCAUAUAUUUUAACUGUAUGUUGAGCCUAGGUUAUUAAAUCAAUCCAUCAUUAAUAGCAUGACUAAGUAUGAAUUUCCAAGAAGUUUUUAAAACAUGAGUAAGAUUUAAUGAAAGUUAAGUUUGCAAUGAAAAAGUCUCAUUUCGUAGUUUUCAAAGACAUGGAACUUGGUGAUCAAUAUGAAUUGAUUAUUAGAAUAUUAGUUAUGUUAAUGAAGCUUUUGAAAUUUCCAUCAGUCCUAAGCUAAAAGUCCUUAUUACCUGUACAUCCUUUUCAAUUAACUUAAAGGAAGAGAUUUGGAAACCACAUGCCUUUUGGGAAUAAUUGAUUUAAAAUAAUAGCUGAUUGGCAUUGUUAAUGAGAGCUUCAUUUUGAAUAUGAUUCUGGUAAAUGGAGCAUGUUUAGAAUGCUAAAUUAGUUGAUCUAAUGAGAAUUUGGAUGAACAUAAACUUUAUUUUGAAUAUAAUAUAACAUUCCAGACUGCCAGAAGCAUGUGAACAGAAUAUUUGAAUCUGUGUACCUCCAUACAAGUGUUAGCCUGCCAGGCUGUAAGCUUACCUUAAUUAAACUUUCAGUGAAAGUGAAAUUAUUAAAAUAAAAAUUUAUAUUUGUGCUUUUUGUCAGUGUGUAUGCUGUGGAGAAAUCCCUUGAUGAACUAGUUGUACAAAGUAGAAAUCCAUUGUUGAAAAUCCUACAGCUAUUAUGCUUAUAUUGUUUUAAUGAUCUUCUUUAGAAAUAGAACCAUAAACAUGGUCUGGAAACCAAACCAAAGUACAGAUUAAUGUAGAUAUUUGUAAAGCAGUAAACUGGCAUGAAUUCAGCCAUGUUUAAGUGACUUUUUCUGUAACUGUAAAAUAGAAACUUCAAAUGGGACCUAAAGCAGGAUGUAAAAAAUUGGUUUGGGAUAUUUAGCCUAAUUUAUCCUUAAGGUGGCUGCUAAAUUGAUUUUUUUCAGUUUUUUUAAUCAUAUAGAAAAUAAUAGAUACAGAAAUGAAUAAUAUGAAUAAGAGUAGUUUGCUUUGAAGUACUAAUAAACUUUUAUUUAAAAUGCUACAUUUUUACUUCUUAAAAUGUGCUUUGAAUUCUUAAAUUUUGUUUCACUGUUAAAUGUUUUAAAUGGGUAUUAAAAUUCUGCUGUAUAUAGUAGUUUUUUGAGUAAAUAUUUGCAAUAAAAAUCUGUCCCUGAAUAAUUUUAUUUUUCAGAAAGCUGUUUGAGUCAGAUUACCUUUGGCGCCUCUAGAAAUUGUACAUUGUUCAAGGAAAUUUCAUGUUAAAGCUACCGGUAUAUUCCAUUCUGUAUUCUUUAAUUGAUGCAUGAUUUAUUUUAAAUUGACACUUAAAGUACAGAGGGGAAACUGCUAAUAUUUAGAGAAAAUAGAUUUACUUUACAAAUUCUUCUACUUCAAGAGAAUUAUAAUUUAAUACAGUUUUCUAUCUCCUCAGUAAAUUAAAGAGGCUAAAUGGGCAAAAUAAAUUAUUGACUUAUUUUCUUGAAUAUUUGUGGGGUGGGGGUAAAUAUUUUUAUAUUUCCUGCUCAUAAGAAAAGGUGGGGAAAGAAAGACUUAUUAACUGUCAUCCUUCACCUUGUUGAAACAUAAAUCUAUAGCAGAGAAGAUUUUUGGAGUAACAUAAUCCUUAGAAGAGCAAGAAGAUGAGAAAGUCUAUGUAAGGACCAUUUUCUGAAUCUGAUUCAAAUAAUUGCCAAGCCUGUCGCCUAAUGCUGCAGAAACCUGGAGCACUGUGCCAAAGUAGGUCUCUAAAUGAUAUGGUAAUUCCUUGUGAACUCUGAGUAGUCCCUCCUCCUGAUUAGAUACCACUUCUGCUUAUAGUAGUGGUAUUUAAAGUACCUGAUCAAUGAAUUGUUCAUACUUAUCCACUAUGAGAAAAAGAACCUGUACCAGACUAUAAAUCCUUCACUGAGAAAAUCUAGCAAUGAAAAAAAAAAUAGUAGUUGAAAUAAAUAUUGUACUUGGUAACAUAA